AUGGAGCGGAAGUUCUUCAAAGCCGAAUUAUUAUUGUGUCCGACCUGCUGCCAUCCGUACGAGCAUAGAGCUACGUACAAACCCCUCUAUGCUGUUAGGGAAGAGCACACAGAUGUGCUGACGGACCGACCUGAUCUUCAGCUGAAGUUGGUGCAGAUUUUCUUUCGGCAUGGAGCGCGAACACCAAUACGGCUAACGCCAGGAGUUGAAGAGGUGGUAUGGGAUAAAGACACCAUGUUUAUAGAAGAAGAUUACCUCAAAUGCGAUUAUGAUGUGUACUCAUUGGAUGGCAAAUCUGGCCCUCAUCACUCCGUUAUCGAGGAAUCCUAUCAGCAGGCAACAACAUACAAAGGUGGUGCUCAUCGAGGUCAGCUGACUACAUUAGGCAUGAAUCAGACAUAUGAACUUGGCACCUACUUCCGGAAACACUACAUUGAGAAACUGAAAUUCCUGUCUCCAAAGUUCAACUACAGUGACAUGUAUUUGCGCUCCACCAAUGUUAAACGAAACCUGAAGUCUAUGUCCUGCGUCUUAGCUGCUAUGUACGGAGAAGAUCUGAAAACAAAUCAAAAUGGAUUACCAAGAGUUCACGUGGAUCAUGAAUCAACAGAAAUCCUGUACCCAAACUAUGUCCACUGCAAACCUUUAAUGGAUUCCUACUUCAGCACUACCAAGAAUACCGAUGUGGUUCCAGGAAUCCGUCCCAUCCGUCUUCAGGUCCAAGAACUUCUAGAUCAAGACCCAGAUAAGAUUCAUUUAGAUCUGGUGUCUGUCCGGGACGGGAUCAGUGCAAGACAGGCACACGAUUUUCCUUUGUCUCCUGUUUUAGAACCCAUCGCUGGUAUUGUAGAGAAAGCAGCUGUCGAUAUCAUGAAGCAUUGUAUCGCUGGAGCUGACCAAUCCAGGGACAAUCUACCCUAUUCUGUUGGUCCACUACUUAGCCUGAUAGUAGACAACGUACACAGAGCUAUCACUGGGGAAAGUCCAUACAAGUUCCAUCUUCAUUCCUGUCAUGACACAACGUUGAUGCCACUCCUGAUGGCUGUGGGUUCCUUUGACGACACAUGGCCAGGGCUGUGUUCAGAUUUCAUUGUAGAGAUGUACCAAGACAGGGACGGAAGGCCGUAUGUACGGAAUCUCUACCUGGGAAAGGAGCUGAGGUUAGGUCCCAAGGGUACCUCCAUACUAACCCUUGAAGAGUUUAAGGAGUUACUGCGACCUUGCUUUAUCACCCAAGAAGACUUCAGGAAGACUCUCAUCAAUGUGGGGACAUAUUGAUGAAGGCCUGUCAACAGCCAUGCGUACCUAUCUACCUAAGCUUGUGCUAGCCUAAUCUUCUGUCCAGAAAGUGCCUGACACCUCAAGAGCUAAUUUCAUCACAGCAAUUAACAUGAGUACCAGCGGUGCACAACUGAGCUAAAUUAUUCAGCUGAGGGGAAUUGUGAUAUUCACCUGGGGGACCGGGGAACUCAGAGAACCAGUAACACGUCAACGGGAGUCAUCGUGAUUAAAAAAAUGGCCUUGGUGAAUAAUACAUGGUUGUGAAAAAAAGAAGAGACAAUGCGUAGGAUGACAGCAGGCUUCUGUUUUUUAGCAUUCUGCUCAUUAGUGAGUGCAGCACCUUUUUGUGAGAAUGAAAAAGACAGGUGGAAAAUGACUCAUCGGUGUUAUGCAGAUAUAUCUGAAAACUGUCCUUUGGCUUGUUGGCACCAAAAGCUCCUUUUUGGACAAACUUUUUGGGGCAAGCUGUUGUCGGACGAGAACUUCAAAUUUUUUGGCAAACUUAUUCAGUUAGAGACGUGAGUUUUUAGCCUACAUAAAUAUCUUCUUUAAGAAAUUCAAAAAGAAUCUGAGAAGGAGCAGGUAGCCAUCAGCAUCUUAAGAACUCUUUUUUAAGUCCAAAGACAUGUUUUAUAGUUCUUCUGCAGUCUCUGGUCAGUUAUACAGCAUGAGACAUCCUUUAUCAUUAUGUUGUAAUGGUAGCAUAGCAACUCCUCAUUAAAGAGACGUCUGACAUGAUGUUCACAUUUUGUUUCUUGAUCAUUACCCGAAUGCUUUACGGAAUUUACUAUAAGUUGGCAAUUAGCCAGCAAAAAGGAAUACUCCUGUCGGUUUUAUGGAUUUUAACUCACUUGAUAUUUUCUUUUUAUUGUGAAAAGGGCAUUUUAUUCUGAAGUGGUGUCAAUGAGGAAUUGGAUACCAGCCAAUUGUUUCCAACUUCAUAAGUCAUUCAAUUAUGGAAUUUUUAAGUAAAGUCUAAAUGAAAGUCAAGUGUCAUUACACACAACUGACAAGUGGCAUUAUUACCAAUUACUUUCUUCCCCAAUAAAUGUUCUCUUUUGACCCAAAAUGUCAAUCUAGCCCUAGAGAUACCUAAUCUGUAAUUGAAUUGGAUCGGUCAGUAGUCCCAACUAUCCAGAUACUCAGUAAUCCUCGCCCAAAACACAAGAAAAACAGGCCACUGUGAUCCUCCAAUCUCCAAAGGAGCAGAAAUUCGUGUAAUAUUUCACGAUCUGAUACAGUAAGCUAAACCACCUGAGCUUCCAGGAUCUUAAAGCUCGUGUUGUAACGCAAUUACACAUGACUCAUGCCUGAAAUUGCCUUUUCAGCUACAAUUUCCAUUCAAUAUGAAAAGCGCCGUGUCGGCGGCAGAGACAGUGACAAUCAGACACAGAAAUCAGCAGGAAAAAAUAAAAUGGAUAAUACUUGCAGCCAUAGUAAACCGGUCACUUGCAGUGUCAAUGAGUUGGGGAAAAAAAAUUUAACAAACUUGACUCACUGUCAUUUUACAUAUUUUUAAUAAAAAAAUACAUGCUGAAUAUUGCCAGCAUUUAUUUCAGAUUGUGUGUGCUGUUAAAGUUAUGAGUUCCUCAUCAUCAGUGAAAAAUAUCAGAUUUUUUUAUCAUCAUUCAGAUUAAAAAAAUUAUGAAAGCCUCAAGCAAGCAAGUCAGAUACAACAGGCAGUGAUAAAAUCAAGUGGGUUAAGCGUUAAUCAUCCAUCAGGUUUUUGUCCAUUUCUUUUUCUUAUAUGGAUAAUUAGACCCGUACAGAUGGCACACCUGUUUUGAGGUUACUGCAGAAAAUUGCUUGUUAUCUCUCCUUGCCUUGUAGGGUGAUGUAAAAAAAUUCUGUCCUUUGUUUUGUCUCAAGGGAAAGGGAAAUUUAGGGGAGGGUUAAGUGAAUUAAUGAACACAGCUGAUUAAUUAACGAUAAGAGUUUUAAAAGGGGGAUGCAACAUUUCAUUAUCUAGGAAUAGAGAUUAUUGAACCUUCUUUCCUCUCUUUGAAGGCCAGCCAUGUCCUCACCAAAUACGACGUAAUUAAUUACUUUCUUCUUCAGUUUUUGCCUUCUUUUUCUCACUUCAGUGGUGAACACACCAUUGUAUCCUAGGCUUUCAGCAUUUGUCAUCUGUAAUACCCCAUUUUCUUAGUCUGUCAAAGUGAAUAAUGUAAUAUAAGUUAUAACCUCGUUUUGUAAAUUAUUCCUGUUGUUGGGAGCUAGCACAAGAUGAUAUAGUUUUAUUUCAGUAUUAUCUAUGAACUGUUUUCCUCAGGCAUGUGGUCUUUUACACUCGAGGGCUUUCACAGUUAAUCAAUUUCUUUAAUUGUGAAUGCAUGAUUUGGUUUUAUUUUUUACAAUAGCAUACUCAAGUUCCAAAAUGCAUUUGGAUAACUUAUAUACUCACACUUGCAGUGUAGUGUGCCCACCAUGUAAAAGUUUUACUUUCGUUGUGGAUAAUUAAAACCCUGUUUAAUUGGUAACAGAUAAGGAUGAUUUCAUCAAAUACUUCAGGGUUUGUGUCAUUUCCGAAAUUUAUUUCAUUAACUCUGACCUAAGUGGUAGUUUUUAAGUCUCCUAAGUUCAGAAAGGUAUUUAUAGUUAUAGACACUGAUCUCAUUACAUUGAACUGCAAGAAGUUUGUCUAACACAUUCACUUAUCGUUAAGGAGUCGUAAAUUCCAACAAAUAAGAAUUGCCGUAAUUGAACUCUGAGAGUAAGUCAAGUAAUUUCAGUUGAAACUAUUGUGACGAUGAUGAUGAUGAUGAUAUGAUGGUGGUGGUGGUGAUGAUUUUGGAGACAAGUGAUCGUGGUAGUAAUGACAUGAGUGCACUUCUCUCCUAAGGAGAGGUGAAUCUUAUGAACACAGCUAUUAUGAUUUUAAUCAACUUCAUCUGUAUAUAUAUAAUAACAAAGUGUCACCGUGAGUUUGUGAACGUUCAGCAUGGAUUGUUUCCAAAGAUUAAAUUAAUCCCAAGCAGA